AUGGCGAUCCGCUCCUCCAAGGCCUGCUGGAUCUCGCUGCUGCUCGCGCUCGCCGCCGUCGCGCUCCCCGCGCGGGCGGAGGAGCCCGCCGCCGCCGCUUCGGAGGGUGCGGCCGAGGCCGUGCUCACCCUCGACGUCGACAGCUUCGACGAGGCCGUCGCCAAGCACCCCUUCAUGGUCGUCGAGUUCUACGCCCCCUGGUGUGGACACUGCAAGAAACUUGCUCCAGAGUAUGAGAAUGCGGCCAAGGCACUUAGCAAGCACGACCCACCGAUUGUUCUCGCUAAGGUUGAUGCUAACGAGGAGAAGAACAGGCCGCUUGCUACCAAGUACGAGGUCCAAGGGUUCCCAACCCUCAAGAUCUUCAGGAACCAGGGGAAGAACAUUCAGGAAUACAAGGGCCCUAGGGAGGCUGAUGGCAUUGUCGAUUACUUGAAGAAGCAGGUUGGCCCUGCGUCCAAGGAGCUCAAGUCACCGGAAGAUGUUGCGACCCAUUUCGAUGACAAGAAGAUCUACAUUGUUGGUGUCUUCAAAGAAUUCAGCGGCACUGAAUUUACAAACUUCAUGGAGGUCGCUGAGAAGCUCAGGUCUGACUAUGACUUUAGCCACACUUUGCACGCCAACCACCUCCCACGUGGUGAUGCAGCUGUGGAGAGGCCAUUGGUCAGGCUGCUGAAGCCUUUUGAUGAGCUUGUUGUUGACAGCAAGGAUUUUGAUGUCGCUGCUCUUGAGAAGUUUAUUGAUGCUACCAGCACCCCUAGAGUUGUCACUUUUGACAAGAACCCUGACAACCACCCAUACCUCAUGAAGUUCUUCCAAAGCACAGCCCCCAAGGCUAUGCUGUUUUUGAACUUCUCCACUGGACCUUUUGAUUCUUUCAAGUCUGUUUACUCUGCUGCUGCAGAGGAAUUCCAGAACAAGGAAAUCAAGUUCCUUAUUGGUGACAUUGAAGCCAGCCAGGGUGCCUUCCAGUACUUUGGUCUGAAAGAGGACCAGACACCCCUUAUCCUCAUCCAGGAUGGUGAUUCCAAGAAGUUCUUGAAGGAUCACAUUGAGGCUGACCAGAUUGUCUCUUGGUUGAAAGAGUACUUUGAUGGCAAAUUGACGCCAUUCAAGAAGUCUGAGCCUAUUCCUGAGGUCAACAAUGAGCCUGUUAAGGUUGUUGUGGCUGACAACAUCCAUGAUUUUGUCUUCAAGUCUGGCAAAAAUGUUCUUAUUGAAUUCUAUGCCCCCUGGUGUGGACACUGCAAGAAGCUGGCGCCCAUCUUGGAAGAGGCAGCCACCACUCUCCUGAGUGAUGAGGAAGUUGUGAUUGCUAAGAUGGAUGCAACCGCCAAUGACGUACCCAGUGAGUUCGAGGUCCAAGGCUACCCGACCAUGUACUUUGUGACCCCCAGCGGGAAGGUCACCUCUUACGACAGCGGCAGGACGGCUGAUGACAUCGUCGACUUCAUCAAGAAGAGCAAGGAGACCGCCGGCGCCACCCAGGCGACACCGACAUCCUCCGAGAAGGCAGCAGAUGCGGCCGAGAAGGCCGAGCCCGUGAAGGACGAGCUGUAA